AUGAGAAACGGCCGGGCUACCACCGAACUGAACAAGGUCCGUCUCGAGCCGCGACGGGCGUACAGCGUCGAAAGUGACGGACACGACAGCGACAGCGACCCGGAGUCCGACCUCUCAGACACUGGUUACGAUCCAGACGAGGGCUACGCAGUAGAUGCCAUCAAGUAUGCAGUCUACAAAGACUCGAAUUCGACGCGUUCAGAUGGGUAUAUCGGCUGGCACUAUGGCGUUAUGUGGCAAAACUAUCUCAAGACCCUCUCGGAUACCGAGGAGCCGCAUUCUAGCUUUGAGGACGACGAGGGCAACACACCCAUGGUCAACUUGUUCUGGAAGACUGCAGGCAGAAAUAUCCUGCGAGGCCGCAUAGAGCCCGGUGGCAAGAUGAACGAGGUUGUCGAGGCUCCCAAGGAGCUGUUGAAAAUGUGGUUGAAGGACUCGAAGCCACGCCGCGACUAUGAGACGUACAAGCGGCGACGUGCAAAGGAGCUUGCAGGCGAACAGAUCACCAAGCUCGAUUCCGACUACUAUUGGCGCAAGAGGAGGAAGGCCGACAACGCGAAAAAACGUGCGGCUGGCGAGCUGCCUGCGAUCCCUAUCAAGAAGAGGAAGGACAACGACGCCGCUGAUAAAGAUAAUGGCAAAGGGAAGGAGAAGCCCAAAGAGAAGGAGAAGCCCAAGGAGAAGGGGAAGUCCAAGCAGAAGGACAAGCCGAAGUCCAAGGACACUGAGGGGAAGAAAGCCGACAAGGGCAAGAAGAAGGGCGACAUGGGUCCACCAACACUUCCGGCAACCGAAACUGCAUCUCCUGCAAAGAGGUCUCCCGAGAAGAGGGCAGUGAGCCCCGCACCAUCGUUUGAUUCACUCUUCGAUGGCAGUGUUGGCGGAACGCCCGCCAUGACACCCACGAAACCUGAGGCAGGCCCCGGUCCGUCGUCCCAACGCGCAGCCAAGCGACGUCGUGCCCUCGACUGGCCUUCCGCCUCACCCGAGGCGCGCAAGAAGGAUCGCAAGGAGACAGCUGAGAUGCUCUCGGGCAUGAAGAUUGCCAAGAACGAUUCAUCAACCGAGCCGCCUCCCAUCUCCUUACCCGCACCUCUCGCUACAGCUCCUCCGGCCAUGAUCCCAGUUGCGGAGCCUCCCCCUGCAUCACUGCCUGCUCCACCCGCCGCGGACGGUCCAUCUGCUACGUCACCGUCGCAACCUCAAGACGAUGACGGCGACGCAACGCCCGUAGCUUCCCCGGCACUCUUUGGUGAACCUGAUCCAGACAUCUUUGGUGCUCUCGAAAACCCCCCUGCUUCACAGCGAUCACCCUCUCCGGAAGUGCCCCUUGCCCUUGCGCGACAACGUCAGGAGCCUCUGUUCGACUUUGGGGGCGCCGACUCUCCAGCCGGCUCGCUGUCCGCUCGUGCGCCGAGUGUCGAUGUCAGGGCCGAGAGGGUGCCGUCACAGUCUGUCCAACCCAACGGGCCAGGCUCGUCAGAGGAGCCCAUCGUGAUUGACGACCGAGCCAACGAGGCGGGCUCAUCAGACCAACCCAUCGUGAUUGACGACUCGCCAGUCGCGAUCGCUGCCGACAAAAGUUCGGCGACAAGGGUUCCGCAGCGUGCCCCUCUUGAUGCGCCGUCACCCAUGCAGCUGGUGGCGCCAUCUAUUCCCCUGGAACUGCCGUCGUCCACACCGACCGAACAGAUUGCAGGUCCAGCCCUUACCAUCACCUCAGCAACCCCUCUGAAGGAACCGUCACAGCCAGCUACUCAGACUGCUCCCGCAAAGGGCCGCCCACGGUUUACCGUUGGGACGCAGAACACAGGAGGUGGACCGUCAGCGGCAGGACCAUCGACAUCAACGGUGCAAAGUCCGGUCGCCACCAGUGCCACGCCGACCCAGACUGUGCCUCCCAAGUCUUCGCUGUCGUCCAAGCAGCCCAAGGAACACGGAUUGUACCAGCAACCUCAGCGCAUUGUGAAGAUGGACGUGCUAAAGGACCCGGAGGGUGAAGCAAGGGUCAAGAAGCGUGCCGCCAAGCUGGCAACGGCAACCCCCGCCCCGACAUUUACUCUCGGUGGGCCAAUGCCGGCCGAGCUCAUGGACCUCUGCCUCCCCAGGAUCAAGCUCUGGCCAGUGCACGGGGAGGACGCGAUGGUCGAGGCGCCCGUGGUGGCCGCGGUGGACGUGGCGGCCAACCUCACCAACCUCACCAACCUCACCAACCCCACCAACCGCACCAGUCCCAUCAGCCUCACCAAAACUACCAGCCUCGACCAGCCGCCGAUCCAGCAGGUGGCCUUUGUUGACCACCAACGUGACCCUCGCAGGCGCAACCAACAGCAGGGACAACCUGCGCAGGCCACCCGGCCACAGUCGCCUCCCCGCCCAUCCUCACCUCAGCCCGCUGUUCGAAAUGGUCUUCCUCUCGGCUCCGUGGUCGCCGUCGUCACCGACUCUCAGCAAAACCAGUUUAGUUUUACACUCGACUUGAAGGCUGGCGCGACCAAGAGCCACGAGUACCUCUUGGGUGUCGUAUCUGGCCACCGUCUCGAGUUUGACGAGGCGCCAGUCCAGUGUAUCGACAUGGCCCUUGCGCAAGGCGCGGACCUUGUUGAGUGGUGCGAGCCCGUGAUAAGCGAUGCGGACCCGAAGCCUCAGUCAGCCCAGAGCAACUGGGCGGGUCUGAAAAAGGACAUGCGCAAUGGCAAAAUGUUUGUUUGCCGAGAGGAAGCACGGACGCAACCCCCCAUCAAGGCGCACAACAUCAUUAUCCUUGUCCUACCAUCCCAUGCCCCCAUCGAAAAGGUCGGCCUGAAUGGGCGGGAGAAGGAUGGCAUCAGCAUGACUGCAAUUGUCCUGUCCAUGCCCCUUGAAUCACACUCCAUCCCAAUGCUUCCAAACCCCGUUAGGCCGGACUUUGUCACAGGUCAAAGUGACCAAGAGCUCCUGCCGCCCAUUGUGGACGCAAUGAAUGUUGCCGACAGCUAUGGACUCAACGGCGAGGUCCUUACCAACUUUCGGGAGCGUGGAACUGUGUCUAUCUACAAGAGCAUCGACACCGGACUGUAUGCUCAAACCGUCGAGCUGUGUAAGGAGUACCAACUGCAAGGCUUUUCGCAAGACAGGCCGCCCAACACGUUUCUGCUCUUGAAUGGGCUCUGGGCACGCAACAUCAAGUCAUCCUCAGUCAGGGGUUAUCUCACCGAACCGGCCACCCGCUAUUAUGCGCUUGGACCUGACCUCCAGCUGCCCAUCUCACACUGGCGUCUCCGUGAGAUCUGGACGGGCGGAGGCCUGGUAAUGCUAUCACCCACGUUCGUCUUGCGAUCCCCUGACAAGGUCGCCGCCAUUAUGGCCAACAUUCAAGAGACCCCUGGCUGGGCUGCGUACGUCCACCCGUCAACCAUCAUGUGGUGUGAAGAAUCGUGGAACAACACUGUCCGCUGUCCCGACCGCAACAAGGCAUACACGACACUCACGUCGGCGCUGUUUGAUGGCGAGCUGGGCGAGCUGCGCGCAUGUGCAGGUGGUCUCGCUGUGUCUUCUGCACCCCCUCAGCUUCAAAUGCGGAACGACUGCGCCAGGUGGCUCGAAUGGUUGACCAAGGUCACCCAGUGUGACGAGUGGAAGGAGCUCGUCGGCCUCUGCAAGCAAGUAGUGGCUGGCAAGGGCGGCAGUGCAGCCAGCGGAUGCCGAUCACCUGCAGCCGGAAAAGAUACCAGCGGCGAGCCUCUCAGUCUGCACAUCAUCGAAGAGCAAGGCCUGCGUGAUAUGGCCCGCAUGCGCCUUCGCCCGCACAUUGUGCCAUACCGCCGCUACAUCUACAUCGGCGAAUUGAGCCUCAAUGUGGAUCGGCGAAACAGGGCCCAGGAGAAAGGAAUUGAACUGGUUUCAGCGGAUGACUUUGUGGCCAUUUUGGCAGGGGCCGUAUAA